UGAAAUGUUUCAAAUGUAUCAAAAAUAUGCUAGUUUUAAUGGUUGGCAUUUUGAAUUACUGACAAUGAAUGAGAAUGACCUUGGAGGAUAUAGAAGUGCUAGUGCUAGCAUCAACGGUAAAGGAGUAUUUGGAACAUUAAAGUAUGAGAUUGGUGUCCAUAGAGUCCAGAGGAUACCAGCAACAGUAUCAAGGGACAGGAUGCACACUAGCACUAUAACAGUAGCCAUACUACCACUACCAACUGAAGUUCAAUCAAAUAUUAACGAAAAGGACCUUAAAAUAGAGACAUUUCGAGCGAGUGGUGCUGGAGGUCAGCAUGUGAAUACAACGGAUAGCGCUGUAAGGUUGACUCACAUACCGACUGGUAUAACAGUCAGCAUACAAGAUGAAAGGUCACAGCAUCGAAAUAAGUCGAAAGCUUUGAAGUUGUUAAAGGCUAGACUUUACGAGAAGGAGAGAAUGAGAGUGAAUGAUGAGAGAGCAAGACAGAGAAUGGAGCAGAUAGGAACUGGAGAAAGACACGAGAGAAUAAGAACAUAUAAUUUCUUACAAGACAGAAUUACUGAUCACAGGAUAGGCUACACAGUACACAGUGUGACUGACUUCAUGAGUGGAACUGAACUACUUCAUGAAAUGACUGAAGCAUUACAACAACACUCCAACAGACAAUCACUGCUGGAGCUAAUACAAAAUGAAUAGAUGUGUAAUUUAAAGUGUAAUCACAUCAAAUUUUUAAAGAUAA